GGCUGCCAGUGGUGCAGUGGGAACAUUGCCUGUCAGUUAGUAUGCUAUGGCUUUGGAAGGACCCUCUUCCAAGCUGCUAUCAUGCUCCAAUUUGUCGAGUUUAUGGAGUUCAUCACCAAGUGGCAUAAUGAUGUCUGUGAGAUACUGAGGAUGGAUCCUCAGCACCUCCUUGGAUGUAGGUACCACAAACUCGCCUGCAUCAUCAAGGAGGAAUGUGUUGAAUUCCCUGACCCUGCUGUACUGGCAAUGUACCUAUUACCUCUCACAUCAUGGUUGGAUGGUGGACAUUCCCCUGUUGUGUUCAUGACAUCUCGUCAGCCUAAUCUUGCCUCCCUGGCAAUGUUCUGCUCACAGCAUCUUGGCUGGUCACUGGAUACCAUCUGGUCAAGAUUG